AUAAUGUGUCGACAGUAGCGUUAGCUAACCUGUAACAGUUUUUACAAAAACAACAAAAAGUUAUCUGCAGUUGUUUUCGCGAGCGCAUGCGCAUUUCCAUUAUCCCUGUUUGUCCACGAGCUAACUGAAACUAUUAACGUUUAAACUUUGUUCGGUUGCGUAUAGCUAUAUUAAUAAUGCGAUUUUAAAAUAAAUGAUUAAAUUGUUUCUGUUUCUACGUUGUCACGCCCGAGUGUGGACAGAAGAACGAUUUUAGCUGUUGUUUCCUGAAUACUGGAGCCAUCCUGCUUCCUGUAGUAUCUUUGCCACAACCUACAACGGAUUGUACACAAUCAUCAUGGCGACGCAGGAUGGAAGUGAAGAAGUCAUAAUGGAAACUGAGGCAAAACCAAAAGAAGCUGAGCUACUAGGUGAAGAUGUUGAAAAAGGUGGUGCAGAAGCGACGUCUCACACAGAUGCAGGAAACUCCACAACUCAGGACUCUAAUAUUAGCAAUGGGGAUGAUACAGAGGACAAGGAAACAGUGGACUUGAAGAUCAUUUGGAACAAAAAUAAAUAUGAUCUGAAAAUUCCUGUUGAUAGCACCGGAGCCAAACUAAAAGAGAGCAUUCACUCACUCACUGGUCUUCCACCGGCAAUGCAGAAAGUGAUGUAUAAAGGAUUGCUUCCAGAGGACAAGACGCUACGUGAAAUAAAGAUUACAAAUGGUGCAAAAAUAAUGGUAGUAGGAUCUACAAUAAAUGAUGUAUUAGCUGUAAAUACACCCAAAGAAGUCAUCCAGCAGGAAGUUAAAGCUGAAGAAAACAAGAAGGAGCCUUUAUGCAGGCAAAAGCAACAUAGGAAAGUUUUGGACAAAGGUAAACCUGAUGACAUCAUGCCAGCUAUUAAAGGAGCAAAGGAACGAUUACCAACAGUGCCUUUAUCCGGAAUGUUUAACAAAUCCGGAGGAAAAGUUAGACUCACAUUCAAACUGGAGCAAGAUCAGUUGUGGAUUGGAACAAAAGAGAGGACGGAGAAAGUCCCAAUGGGCUCCAUUAAAAACAUAGUGUCUGAACCCAUCGAAGGCCAUGAGGACUAUCACAUGAUGGCUUUUCAGCUGGGUCCAACGGAAGCUUCGCAGUAUUGGGUCUACUGGGUGCCUGCACAGUUUGUCGAUGCAAUCAAAGACACAGUCCUUGGAAAAUGGCAGUAUUUCUAAUGUGCCUCUUUUUUGACAAUGAUGAACUGGGAUUGAGAGGAGAUGAUAACAUGAAACUGGAGUCAGCAGUGUCAGCAGUUUAAGGAACCUCUUGGAGUGUAUUCCAAGGACACUGACGGAUGCCUGUGGACUAAUCAUAUUCUUUUUAGGUUUAAAGUGCACUAUGUGGCAGCAUAACACUUCUCAGCCCUGUUGAUCAUUCAAGGUUUCCAGCAAAUCCAAGGGAAAACAAUUACAAAAAAUGUACAGAAAUUGCUAACACUUUUCUUCAGUUAUUCUUAAAGAAAUAAAAAAAAUUAUUUAAUGAAUUGAAUGUGCCAGAUCAUUGCUGUCUGUCUUCUCCGUUCAGUAUUAAAUCCACGCAAACUUC